UGAACCAUGGCCGAGACUCUCCAGGUCCAGCUGGUCUCGCGGUGCCGCGAGCCGGCCCACAGCAAGGUCCCCUCCUCGCUCUUCUCCGUCCCCAUCUCCUCCACCCGUUACGCCCUCUCUGAGCUUGUCAAUGUGCUCCUCUCGCUCGAGCCUGCGGUGCCGUUCGACUUUAUGAUUGAUGGAACUUUCCUCCGCACCACGCUGGAGGGGUACGUGCUCGAGUCCAAGGGUACACUCUCGGCAGAGACCGUGCUGGUCAUCGAGUACACCGAGGCGCUCGCCCGGCCCCAGCCCGACGUGCUUGAGAACCAGGACGAUUGGAUCGCAGACCUCGCCAUCGGCGCCACCAAGUUCCUGCCCAAGGCCUUCCAGGUCAAGGGAAAGGGAGGCCGGAAGGCCCGCGCCAACAAUGCUCUGCCGUUCCUUGCCUCGGCCUCGUACGACGGCCUUGUCCGCAUCCGCCCGCUUCGCGAGGACGGCGCGUACGCCUCGGACGCCGCGCCGCUGAUCGCGGCCGGCCACAAGGCUGCCGUCAAGGCAGUCGCCGUCUCGGGCUCCACCCUUGUCUCUGCCGGUCGCGAUCAUGGCGUCGCCCUGUAUGAGCUUGACCCGACCAAGCCGCACGCCCGAUCGACGUCCAAGGGCGUCGUCCUGCCGUCGGCUACCGGCGCCCACGACGACACCGUCGAGUCGGUCGCCUUCCACCCGCUGGGCAUGACCUUUAUCACCGGCGCCUGGGACGGCAAGGUCCAGGUCUACAACGCGUCUAUCGCCGCCGCCGUCGAGGCCGCCGCCUCGUCCGCCACCGCAGGCGGCGACGACGACGACGGCCGCCCCGCCAAGCGCGCAAAGUCCGGCAAGGCCGCCGCCAGCCUCGCAGACCCUGCUCCACUCUCGCCGCUCAUCACUCUCGAGGGCCACACCGGCGCGGUGACCACUGCUCUGUUCGAGAACUUUGGCGACGGAACCAACGCGCUGUCGGCGUCGUGGGACCACUCGCUGCGCGUGUGGGACGUGCCGUCGGGCGCCAACGCAACCAUCAUCGCCACAGAGACCGCCGUCCUCGACAUCGGCCUUUGCUCAGCGCCGUCGUCGUCGGCCACCCUCACCGCCCACGCCGGGCCCGUUGUUCGGCUCUGGGACUUCCGCACCCAGGACCCGGCGUCCGCCAAGUUCAAGGGCCACGGCGGCUUUGUUCCGGCCGUGGCGUGGAUGCCCGGCUCCGCCGUCCACUUUGCCACUGCCGCCCACGAUGGAAAGGUCCGCGUCUGGGACAUCCGCUCGCCUUCCAUCCCGCUCUACUCGGUCGCCGUCCACUCGGACAAGGUCUUUUCACUCGCCUGGCUCUCCGAGACUGUCAUCCUCACAGGCUCGGCCGACUGCACGGUCAGCCGCGUGGUCCUGGGCGAUGGCCUUUCGGUCCAGCCCAUGGCUGUCGCCAGCAACAUCGACUCCGAGUAAUUGUAAAGCUUGCU